AUGGAAGAGAAAUUAGAUAUUGUUUUUAUUUCAAGUGACGAAGAUCAAGCCGCUUUUGAUGAAUAUUUCAAAGAAAUGCCAUGGAAAGCAUUACCGUUCUCUGAUCGAGAUCGUUCAAAAACAUUGCGAGAAAAAUUUAAUGUUAAAGAUAUUCCAGCUUUAGUUACGCUUUCUCCUACAUGUGAGAUAAAUUCUUGGAAUGAUGUCGAUUUAGUACGCGAUGCAUAUCAUGGAGCUGUGCAUCACUGGUGUAAAGGAAAACGUUUAUUUUGGUCACGUGAAGCACGUGAAAGUGAAUGUGUUUGGGAUGGGUUUAUUUGUCAUCAAUGUUAUAUGAGUCCAAUCAUUGGUUUACGACAUGGUUAUACAGAUCAAAAGUGUUAUGUAGAUUUAUGUGAAACAUGUCUAACAAAAACUAAACAUGAACAUCCUCUCGUUGAAUAUUUAGUACCUAAACGACAAUAUUCAUUUGAACAACUUUUCAGAUUAGUUCCUCAUUUACUUAAUCCUAAUAGUGAAGAAAACAUUGAAACAAAAACAAUAUGGGAAAAUGGUGUUAAAAGUGUUGGAUUUUAUUUUUCUGCUCAUUGGUGUGGACCAUGUCGUGAUUUUACACCAAAAUUAGUAGAAAUUUAUAAAGAAGCACAAGCAAAUUCUCUAUCUUUUCGUAUAGUUUUUGUGUCAUCUGAUUUCAAUGAUCAAUCAUUCAAUGAAUAUCGUUCAGAAAUGCCUUGGCCUGCUAUUCCACUCAAUUCAUGUCAUCUUCUCGACACAUAUUUUCAAUCUUCUUAUAUUCCAAGAUUAUUCAUUGUUUCAUCCGAUGGAAAAGUUUUAUCACGUCGUGGUGUUAAUGAUGUUUCACGUAAAGGAGUAGAAGCUUUGAAAACAUGGACACAAGGAGAAACAUUGGCUCCUCCUAAGGCUGAUGAGUUUGAAUGGGAAGAUGUCUCAUGCAGUGGAUGUAGCAUUAGUCCUAUUAUUGGUCAAAGAUAUCGUUGUCCUACAUGUGAUAAUUAUGAUAUAUGUGCGCAUCCUACCGAAGAUGAAGAUGAUUGA